UUAUGACUCCGCACUCCGUAAGCGCGACUCUAGUUUUGGGCACUACAUCAGAAAAUGAAUUUAGCUGUCGCCGCAUCAACAUCGACCGCCCUUCUCCUCUUCUGCCGCCGUCGCCUCUUCUUCCCAUCCCGCCUCAAAGCCCUAAUUUUAUCUUCAUACUCAAGCAGGUUGAACUGUAUGCCUACGUCUACAUCGGCGGAGGGUCCACUAUCGGAGUCCAAACUGGAGAAGCGGAACCCGAAUUCGCAGCCUUGGCUUAUCGUCGGCCUCGGAAAUCCUGGAAAACGGUUCAGUGGCACUCGCCAUAAUGUUGGUUUUGAGAUGGUGGAUACAAUAGCUGAAGCAGAAGGGAUAUCAAUGAGCAGUGUUUCUUUUAAAGCCCUCUUUGGCAAAGGUUUUAUUGGAGAGGUUCCUGUUAUACUCGCGAAGCCUCAGACUUUUAUGAAUUUAAGCGGUGAGUCUGUUGGAGCAAUUGUUUCAUAUUACAAGAUUCCUUUGAAGCAAGUUCUUGUGAUUUUUGAUGACAUGGAUUUACCUUUUGCAAAGUUGAGGUUAUUGCCUAAGGGUGGACAUGGAGGACACAAUGGGAUGAGGAGUGUGAUUGAUCGCUUAAAGGGAAGCCGUGAUUUCCCUCGUCUCAGAAUAGGAAUCGGAAGGCCUCCGGGGAGAAUGGAUCCUGCAAGUUAUGUUCUUCGUCCAUUCAACAGAGAAGAACGUGCAGAGCUUGAUUUCACAUUACAAAAUGGCUUGGAGGCAGUGAGAAUUCUAGUGCUUGGGGACUUCAACAGAAGCGCAACAUUUGUUAACAGUGCCAAACCAUUGCAACAAUUUAAAUAGUGCUCCUACCUAAACCAAUAUACUCAUAAUGUGGGUAGAAUUGUAGAAACCAAUGAAGGUUAACAUAUGCAGUUUGAGCUUGGGGAGCACCACGUUUGCAUUCAUUGGCAAAUAUACAAAUAUAUGGAGUAGUAAAGCUUGUGCUUGUGUCAAUGACCAUUUAAUUUUUUCUAAUAGUUUCAGUCAAUAAUUAUUUCGGAGUAUCAUUGACUGUGCUGACCGUCCUGUUUCAGUCAACAAUAUCAACACCAUUAAUAGUUGGGACCCUUAAUAGUUAGAGCAUCUCCAAUGCUAUAAUGUGCACGGUGCACAUGUGGCAUGCGUCAUAGCCACAUAAAUAUUAGCAAAUAAAUAAUCUCUCUCCUUAUUUGAAUGAUUUUACAUCAUUUUGGUAAGUUUUUCCCUGCAAUGUCAACAUCUAGACGGUCUCCUUGACAUUGAGGAGAAAAACUUACCAAAACUAUAUAAAAUCGUUCAAAUAAGGAGAGAAAGAAUUUAUUUACUAAUAUUUAUGUGGUUAUUUCUCAUGCCACGUGUGCACCGUGCACAUUUUACCAUUGGAGAUGCUCUUAAUGUGUAAAUGAUGGUAUGAUUUUACACGGUUCAUCUGAGAGUUGACCAUCUCAUUAGACGACACUUACACGGCGCUGCCUGAUGACCAGGUGAGUUAGCUGUGCAGGGAUCAUCAUUUCCCUCAAACAGUUGCACAUUUCCCCCCUCAAAGAGAUGCACAAAUACCACAAGUUCAGCAAAAAAUAUCAUCUGAUACUGUGUUCAGUGUUCAUUAGUUUAUUUAAAUGAAUUUCAAAUAGUACCUUGUUGUAAAGCACAAUACACAUACAAAUGAAAAAAGAUUGUUUCUUAACAACGUUUAGAUCUCUUCCAAACAAUUGUGACUUUGACAAUG